AUGUCCUUCCAGCCAACGCCCACAGACAUCUCUGUCAUAAUCUCAACAGCCUCACAUACGGACAAUAAAGAAACGCCCUCCCUCGCCACCGAACGCCGCAUCACCCCGUCAUGGAGCAUCUCCGUCCUCAAAGCCAAACUCGAAACCAUGACUGGCAUCCCGCCAGGCAGCCAGAACCUGCUCUUCAAAGCUCCAGGCCAGGCCGAUCGAUGGAUUACUGGGGGGGAAGAGAGGCAGAUUGGCGAGUGGGGAUUGGUUCGGGGGUGUGAGAUUGUGGUCCACGAUACACGCCCACCCACCGCACGCGUGAAUUUCGGCGACAUAUCAUCUGUCGAAAAAUACGAACUGCCUACGGAAACCUACGAAACACUGUCAAAUUCCGUACUCGCAUGGAAAAAGAACCAAAAGCUGGGCCGAUUCAAUCCAGACGCUCAGUCGCCAGAGUCUUUAUUGGAGGAACAAGUUGCGCGCGAUACCCACGAGAUUUCUGCACGGGGCAUAGCAGUGUCCAAGCGUGCUAUUGUGCUCCCUUCGUCGCCGCCGCAUAUUCGAAGGGGUACGGUGAGAUAUGUCGGGCCGGUGAAGGAGAUUCCCUUUGCGCCGCUCAAACGAACCCUUGACGAAACAGAAGAGCAGCCAGUAUGGGUGGGAAUUGAGUUGGAUGAGCCAACGGGGAAAAAUGAUGGCAGCGUUGCGGGGACGAGGUAUUUUGAGUGUGGCUCGAGUUGUGGGGUGUUUGUUAAGCCGGAAAAGGUUCAAGUUGGGGAUUUUCCGCCGUUGGAGUUGGAUUUUGAUGAUAUGGAGGAGAUAUAA